UUUAUUACUUAAAGCUUUAAAUGUUAAGUGGAAAAAGAGUUUUACCGAUGCGAUGUUGUUUAAAACGGAAGAAUGCAUUUGAACGCUUCUGUAGUUUUGAAAAUUAUCAAAAUCUUAAACUUUAAUUAUUAUUUUUGUAAUUUGCUGGUAUUUGUUUAAAAGCUAAUCCUAUGACAUGAUUUAAAUAUUUCUAUACAUGCCAGGACAGAUUAACAUGGAUGGAUUUAACUCUAGAAGUGUAAACUGUUGUCGUGCUUCGUUUUAAAACAAGAAUCAUGUCGAAAACAAUGAACAAGAAGGCAGAUACUAAAGUAAAGACUGUCAUGUUACCUGGAGAAAGAGGACCGGAAAUCCAAUAUCGUCUUACUGGGUUUAAUCAAACGACAAAACGAAAAUCCGUUCCUAGACUCAGAAAAGCACAAAAUACCCAGAUUUCAGCAAAGAAUGUAACAACAAAUAUUGUCCACAAUAACAAUGAACACGAAAACACAAACGCUUCAUCUUUAGAAAACAAAACCCCUCAACCGGAAGCAACAAUGGUAUCACUAAAAGACAAAGAUGAUGUUAAAAUUGGUAGAAUUGGUGAUUACCAACCUAAGCCUUCCACUGAAUUUUGUUGUGCUAAUGAUAAAGACACAACCGGAAGUUGGAUAUCAGGGAUUGAAUUUGUUCAGGAUGAUCACAUAAUUGUACUGGAUACUAAUAACUGCAAAUUAAAACGAUUUAACACACUCUUCAGAUUUCUGUCGGAAGUCGAGGUGCCCGUUGACUGUGUGUGCAUGACUAAAAUAUCUGAUAAGGAAAUUGCUGUAACUUGUUUAAAUGAAGUUCAUUUUUAUUCCAUUGGCCAUUUUGGUAUGAGCCGAUCUUCAAAACAUUUUGAAGUGAGCGGAGAUGCUUACGGCAUCAGCUAUGGAGACGGUAAAUAUGCAGUCACAUGUGAUAUUGAAAUUGAAGAUAAAUGUGCUAUUCGUAUUUUAGAUAUAUUUGGUGAUGAAAUACAUGUGAUAAGAAUGAAAGGCAGCGAUAAUGAAGACAUUGCCCUUGGCCCGUACUGCCAGAUAGACAACAUGCACCAAGUUGUUGCUGUGUCGGAUUUUGACAACCGUUUUGUACGUUGUUAUCAUUUCAAUGGAUCUUUAAAAUGGAAAUGUCAGGUGGAGGGUGGACCAAGAGGUCUUUUAAAAAUUGGAAAUGAUUUAAUUGUUUCAGAUAAUUAUGGACAAGAAAUUUGUGCAAUAGCAAUAGAUUCUGGGAAAAAGAGGACACUUCUUCAAGAUGAAGAUGGCGUAUUCAAUCCAGAAUUAAUUGCAUGUAAUGGCAGAAACCUACGUCUUGCAAUAACGCAGCGAGCUUUUGAUACCAUCAGUAUCUUUAAUUUAAGUAAAAGAUAAUAAUGAUGAAUCACUAAUUGGGAGUGUUGUAUAUAUGAAAUGUAUUUUUUAUAAUGUUGAAUUCUGUUACCAAACAACUCAGAAAAUUAAGAGAGAUUUAGAUGUCAAAAUACGAUUUUAAAUGCAUAUUUUCAAAGACACAUCGCAUGUUGAAUCAAUUUUAAAAUACGUAUUUGCUUUUUUUAUGCCCCGCCUGUGAUUGAAGGAAGCAUUAUUUCCAAUCCGUUUGUCGUCCCGUACCAGGUGAAGGGAGUUUACCGUGAAGUUGUAGUCACCAUGAUGUGAACUUAAGAUAUAUGCCAAUUAGGGUUUUGAUACAGAUUUCGCGUUUCACUGAACAUUGAAAUGUGAUAGUGUGAGCGGGGCAUUAUGUCCAAGGGAGACAUAAUGAUGUUUAUAUUUUGAAUGGCUUUUGUAUGAUGUUUACAGAAUACACAUUGUUAACAGGUUUAAAUAUUUAAUGUAUUUAAUUAAGAAAUAAAGUCUACUAAAUACCG